AUGAGGUCUGAGCAAAUGUUAUAUACGGUGGUGAUAAAGAAGAGACAAACAAAAAACCAGGCGGAGCCCUCGCUCUUGUAUAACACUGGCGUUGCUGCCACCACACCUGCAGCAGCACCAGCAGCAGCAGCAGCAGCAGCAGCAGCAGCAGCAGCAGCAGCAGCAGCAGUAGUAGUAGUAGUAGUAGUAGAAACUGGAGAAGCACUGGCAGAAGCAGCAGCAGUAGCAGCAGCAGAUGCAGCAGCAGCAGAAACAGCAGCAGAAGCAGCACCAGCAACACCAGCAGCAGCAGCAUCAGCACCAUCAGCACCAUCAGCAGCAGCAGCAGCAGCAGCAGCAGCGAGUGUUAGUGUACCUGCCCAUACACAGCACAUGCCGAUGCGUAGAAGAUAA